ACAUCUUGCAUUUUUUAAAGGAGAUAUUGUCCAGUAUCCCAAGGAAUCCAAACUCAAUAGCAGCGUGAAAUAGCAAUUCAGUUCUUAAGAGACAUGCUGCCAGACUUUAGAAGACUGGUAGGCUUUGUGGAAUACUCUUUACCUGUCAAGAGCAAACUUAGAAGAUAAUCAAAAUGGGAGCACUUCUUCUUUGGUGGACUUUUUUCUUCAUGGUGUUGUGUAAAUCAUUUGCUGAUUUAAAGGACUGCCUUGACAUCGGCCUGGUAUGCCACAGUAACGCAGAGUGCAUGAAAACGAUUGACGGGACCGCCAUGUGCGUGUGCAAAAGCGGAUUCAGCGGGAAUGGAGUCCAGUGCAGUGACAUCAAUGAGUGUGUAAUCACUCCCAACCAGUGCCACAGCAAGGCAACCUGCGUGAACACUCUUGGAAGCUACAACUGCCUGUGUACGUCUGGCCACACCGGCAACGGAUUUGCAUGUGAUGACAUCAACGAAUGCCAGUCAGAGAAUGGUGGGUGUCACAGCGAUGCCAUCUGCACCAACACAGCGGGAGGCAGAACCUGCAGCUGUAGACCUGGCUUCACUGGGAAUGGGUUUACAUGCAAUGACAUGAAUGAGUGCUCCAAAACAGGGAUAUGCCACUGGUAUGCAACAUGUGACAACACCCUGGGUUCCUACAUUUGCACUUGCAAUAAAGGAUUUAAGGGCAAUGGAAAUUAUCUGUGCUUGGACGUAGAUGAAUGCAACGAGAACCCAGGAAUCUGCUCGGCAGCCUUCGGGUAUCAAGGGUGCAAAAACCAGCCUGGCUCUUACACAUGCUCGUGUGCCCAGGGAUACCAGAACAAUGGAAAUACCUGCACUGACAUCAAUGAGUGUGAAACCAACUUUUGCAGCCUGUUUUCAAGCUGCAUCAACCUUCCUGGCUCUUACAGUUGCACCUGCAAACCUGGCUAUAGUGGAAAUGGCUUGACAUGUGUAGACAUUGAUGAAUGCACUGGAGCCAAUGGCUGCCACCCUAAAGCUAACUGCAUCAACUUUCUGGGGAGCUAUAACUGUUCCUGUCGUCCAGGGUAUUUGGGCAAUGGAGUCUCCUGUAUAGAUAUAAAUGAGUGCUCUGUAGCAAGCAUGUGCCCCACUGAAGCCAAGUGCAUCAACACUGACGGCUCCUACCGGUGUGACUGCAGUCAAGGGCUUGCCUUCAAUGGCAGCAGCUGUGAAGACAUUGACGAGUGUGCUCUUAGCCGCUGCAGCCAGCAUGCCACUUGUUUGAAUCUCCCCGGCUCUUUUUCGUGCAAAUGCAACAGUGGGUUCAGCGGGAUUGGCACCAGAUGUGAUGACAUUAAUGAGUGCCUGGUAAACAACGGACAAUGCCACUCUGAAGCUACUUGCAACAACCAGGUUGGUGCGUACACAUGCACCUGCAAAACAGGUUUCUCUGGUGAUGGGGUUUACCAAUGCAUGGAUGUAGAUGAAUGCAAAGUUGACAAUGGCGGCUGCCUUAAUAAUGCCACUUGUACAAACACUUUAGGGUCCUUUUUAUGCCGGUGUGCCGGUGGAUUUCAGCUCAUCAAUGGUACCAUCUGCCAAGACAUUGAUGAAUGCGUAACAGGUUCUGGGCCUUGCCAGUCUAAUGAACAGUGUGUUAACAGCCCAGGCUCCUAUCAGUGUCUGUGCAAAAGGGGCUUUUCCAAAGCAAAUGGAAUAACCUGCAUGGAUGUAGACGAAUGCCUCGGUAAACCGUGUGAUGCCAACGCUAUUUGCCGCAAUUCGUUCGGUUCAUUUACCUGCACCUGCAAUGCUGGGUUUGGGGGACAAGGAUCCAUAUGCACAGAUAUCAAUGAAUGUAACCUCACCAGUGUUUGCCACUCAGACGCCACCUGCAGUAACUUUCCAGGAAGCUACCUGUGCAAGUGUUUAGAAGGAUUCAAUGGAGACGGGCAUCAGUGUACAGAUAUAAAUGAAUGCUCGAUUAGGAAUGACACCUGUCCCAAUAGCACUGUUUGCAUCAAUUCUGUGGGUUCAUAUGUUUGUUCUUGCUUAAAUGGCACUGUGGCAUAUAAUAGUAGCUGUGAGCUGCCAAGCCUGAGCUGCAAGCCAAUGUGCCACCCCAAAGGGUUGUGUCAUCCAGCUGGAGUCACACACCAGUGCGUCUGUGAUGUUGGAUUUGAAGGGAACGGAUUAAGCUGUACUGACAUAGAUGAGUGCAAAGAGAACAUAUGUCCAGACAAACAGACAACAUGUAUCAACACUCAUGGAUCAUUUAGCUGUGUCUGUAAGUCAGGAUUCAGCCAGAAUGGGUCAUCGUGCAAAGAUAUUGACGAGUGCCUAACAGGAGUUGAAAAGUGCAGUCCAUUUGCACAGUGUUUUAAUUCCAUCGGAAGCUACCUUUGUCAGUGCCUGAGCGGGUUCAGUGGGGAUGGGCUAAACUGCUCUGAGAGUCUUCUUUAUCCCUAUGGAAAGAAUGUGGGGGACAGGACAGUUCUCCCCACAGGCAGUGAUGUAAACUCCCCCUAUGUUUCACCUCCAGUGGGAAUCCCUUUCCUUGGAUCACUUUGGGAUAGAGUGCAUUUUUCGGAUAAUGGACUGGUUCAGUUUCAGUCCCCUCACACCAAUGAGAAGUACUCUUUCCCAAACCCACCGGAGAAUGGAUUCCAGGGCGAUGAAGGCACGCCGAUGCUGGCUGUCUUUUGGGAAGAUUCUGACCUCACUGCAGGAGAUGGGAAACUCUUCUACCAGGUUUACAGCAAACCGGACGCCCAGGACGUCUUUUCCAAAAUAGCAUUCAACAGAACCACAGGAGACGUGAACAAGUAUUUAGUUGAAAAGCGAGACAGAGCUGUAUUUGUACCGAGAUGGAUUCUGAAGAUUACAUGGGAUCGUGUGCUGCCCAUUUCCUUUCAGUCAAGUAACACCUCAGAGACAAACACUUUCCAGUGCAUCCUCACCACAGAUGGUAACCGCACGUUUGCCCUGUUGAAGUACUCCGAGAUGCUAUGGGGCCCAGGGCAAAGAGUCAACCACAGAGCACUCAUGGGAUACACAGAUGGGGUGGGGGCUUUCCACAACGACCCCCACACGCAACAGAACAACUCCUAUGGGCCUGGGGGACGGUACCGGCCAGACCAGGCGAUCGGCAACACCGGACUCCGGGGCCAGUGGAUUUAUCAACUCGACAUGCUGAAAGCCAUCGUCAACAAGGAGCCAGACUACCGUAUAAUGUGUCAGAGGUGGUACCUGAACGAGCCUGAUGCUUCCUCAUGGACUGCUGGUUUAACCCCUUGCCCCUGCCACAGCUCUCAAGCUGCUGAAGAUGCCAGCUUCACAUUGGAGGUUCUUCCUGCGCAGAUGGCAGCGAGGGUGCAGGCACUUCGGAGCCUGCAGACUGAGGGGUUCGUCUUCCAGUCCAUGCUGCCCAAUAAGUACAACGCGGGCCGGAGGUGUACCUUUGGUUACCAAGGUUACCUGAUCAGAGGAAGCAGCGAUCGCUUCUUUAUUAAUAGCCCAGCCAUCCCCUGGGUUGAGGAACACAUCAACAAGGAUCUGCUGCCCUUCGACUGGUGCUGCAUUAAAUCGUCCCAGUGCCACAUGUACUACACAAAGCGACCACAAGAAAAUUGUGAUCAUUAUACCCCCGGAGGGAUGGGCCUGGUCUAUGGGACCCUGCAUGUGAAGACUUUUGACGGGACUGACUACGUUUUUAAAGGACUGGGCGAAUUUGUCCUUCUCAGACUGUCGUCAAGCCAAGGAUCCAACAUCUUCACCCUGCAGGGACAGACGGAUGCUGUAGUGACUGAGGGAAGGCAUUCAAACGUGACAGCUUUUGUACAACUAGCGGCUUUUUAUCAGGGAACAAGCAAAGUAGAGUGGAGACCAUCUGACAGCAGGGAGGAGCUUAGAGUUCUGGUGGAUGAUGAAACAAUACAUUUAAAUACUGGAGCCAGCUAUAUGAAUGAGGACGGGUUUGCCCUGAGCUGCCCCAAGCCCAGGCAGUGCAGCCUUGUUUACUACUCAGGCUUGCAGGUGCAGGUGGAGAUGGGCAUCAGUGGAUACCUCACAGCCCUGAUUAAAGCACCACAGUGCUUCUACAACAAGACUGUGGGUCUGCUGGGCAUGUGGAACAGCAACCAAACAGACGACUUCCUCUACUCCAAUGGGAAACGCUUAGCUUCUGAAGACGGGAAGCUCCCCUCUGAAGAGGAGCUGCAGGACUUCAGCCUCUCCUGGUCCGUUCCCUCUCCCGAGAGCCUUCUUCACUCAGACCGGCCGACAAGGACAUUCCGCCUUGUCUUCACUGCAGAGCUGCUGGCUUCAGUGAGUACAGAGCGGCUGAAGGAAGUUAGUGAGAUCUGCAGAUGGAGCGAGCAGUGCAUCCAUGACACUCUAGCCACCAACAGCACAGCUGUGGGUUUGCAGACCGCACAGUACAGCCAAAGAUUCCAAAAACUCACCGUCAUAUUUGGAAGCAUGCCUCCUGUGUUUACUGGACCUUCACUUAUUCAGUGUAGACUAAACUCCACAGCCAAGGUAACGUUCAAAGCUCGGGACCCGAACAAUGACACCAUCAUCUUCUCACUUGUGUCUCCAGAGCCAGAGGGAGUGCACAUCGGGAGCGCUGACGGUGUGCUCACCUGGACUCCACGGAGCACGGCUCCAGUGACGUUGACAGUGCAGGUUAACAAUCAGCUGUCAGGCUCUGUAUUAAGCCCUGUCCUUCAGAUCUGUAACUGUACCAACGGGGGGACCUGCGACUACACCAGCGUCAUCCAGAACCACCACAGAGGAAUGUUUCAGGUUGUAGGCUGCCUUUGUCCAGAAGCCUAUUCUGGAGCAUUCUGCACUGACCCUGUCAAUGCAUGCAGAGGGAAGCCUUGUUUCCCAGGUGUAGCCUGUGCUAACCAGCCCAGUCCAGCAUUCUUUACAUGUGAUACGUGUCCUACAGGAACAGUGGCACAAGACAAGAAUGGAUAUAAGUGCUUUAUAAACAAUUUCUGCCUGCCUCCAUUCCCGUUCCCGUGCCAUAAGAUGGCUGAAUGCUUCAGUUCAGGGUAUAAGUACACCUGCAGGUGUAAGGCUGGAUUCUCAGGGGAUGGACUCAACUGCACAGACAUUAACGAGUGUGAGAACCCAGCUGCAUGCCCAAGUGCAAAAUAUGAAUGCACCAACACCAUUGGAUCAGUGAAGUGUUCCUGCAGGUAUCAGACUGCUCAAGAUGCGGACGCCUGUGGUGACUCAGAGAACCCUCCAGGGUGGAAUGUUUUCAACUGCACUUUGAAUUGGAAUUUGUUGCUCACUGCUCCAGAACACACCACUGACCAGCUUCGAGACAUCCUGGCUCUGGGCUUCCAGAACAAGUUCUACAACGCGAGUCUGAAAUCGUUUCCAGGGGGGGGUCCUGCGGUGGAGUACAGGGUCAACGUGUCCAGCGACACGCCACACUGGUAUGUCAGGGACUACCUAUCACGAGUCAGCCAGUUCUACGGCAUCGACCCAGCCACCAUCACAGUGGGAGAACUAAAUGAAUGCGCCACAGGGGAAGCAAAUUGCAGUACAGCAGCGUACUGUGAAAACACUUACGGAGGUUAUAAAUGCAUCUGCAACAGUGGUACUUAUAUGGGGUCUGAAUCCUGUGUCUAUGCUACUGCAGCUUUUCCCAGAGACAAUAGCACUGUUAUGCAGGCGGUACCCAGGCCUGAGGAUUACACAGAGCUGAUAGUGCCUCUGGUGCUGGGGAUCGGGGUCCCGCUGCUGCUGCUCCUCAUUGCAGGGCUUGUUUGCUUUUGUUGCAGGAGGAAGAAGAUAAUGAGUGGAGAUAUACCUCCAGUGCACACAGGGGUCAUGCUCAUGGAGAAUGCUCCCCCACCUUUUAACAACACAGACCCUUCCCUGCUCUACAAAGUGCAUUACUUACCUCCAAUGCAAAGUGGAAACCACGAAACUCUAGAACCAGAAACAAAAGAACCAUAA